AUGUUCAAAUCUCUCAGUCGUCAUUGCCUCUGCGAUGGUCGCGGCCUCGCUACACGUCAAGCCUAUGCAAGUCCCUAUCACCGGAACCGCAUGGCAGGUCAGUGGACGCCGAGUCCGCAUCUAAAAGGCGACGAAGAGAUUGAAGUACGGCUAUACAACAUCAAAUGCGAUGAAGCAGGUGCUUUGCCAUGUUUAAAAUGCGGUAUAAACAUCUGCGAAGAAUGUCGAUGCUAUCCUCGCGCAGCUCCGCCAAACACGUACCCCAACCGAAGACCGCAUUUGAGAGGCAGCGGCCAGCUUGAUAACAUUAUGUGUUUGUGCGAGGAGUGCGACGCGAAAACUGAGAAAGAGGUGGAGGGGAAGUUCUUGAAUGAAAGAUGUGACUGCGAUAUCUAUACACGCUGGAUUUGCGUCAGAUGUGAAGAGGAGGAGCGCAAAGCCGUGUGGAAGUACUUUGAGCAGCAAACAGAGUUGGAUGGGAAUUGGAUUGUGAGGGAGGAUAUGGACUACGGAGAUGACUUUGAGCCUACAAAAACACUUCAAGAUCAUGCGCAUGACCGAGCAUUUUGGUGUACUUGCGACAAGACGGUCUCGCACAGAACAGUGCCGCGUUGUAUCUGGUGCAAAAGACGACAUUUGCCAGAGAGCGAGUGGCGCCAGGAACUUCAGGAUACUGGCUCAAAGCAUCCUUUCUUUGACAACGAUCCUGAUUAUCCUCGAUGGGUAAGUGAUAAUGACAACAAGUAUCCCACUCCUUACCCAAGGCUAGGUUACCAUCGUGGGGAUGAGGAGGUUACAAAUGAAUAG